AUGUUUCCAAUACGUGGUUUCCUCCAAGUCAACCCCAAUUAUGUGCUCGAGGUAAUAAUAGGUAUCUUGUUGUUUUUUCCUGCUAACUUAUGAUAUACCUUGAAAGUAUCCUGCUAUUAACAAAUUUUGUAAGUUCAUAUAUCUGUAACAUGUUGCCGGAAAAAAGAAACGAUAUAAACCAGCCUGUUGGGCUAUUCUUCGCAUUGGUUUUCUCAGGCACAUGCGAGUUUUUUUAGUUAUCAACUCAAGCCACACACCUAGAUUAGCUUGCUUUCUUUUUUUCGGGGAAAGAGAAAGAAAAAAGAGGCGGAGCAGAACACAGAGUGGUCUCCAUGGAAUACACUGUUCGUAUAACGAUAUAAUCCCAUAUGGCGCCAUAGCUACACAUGUUGACAGCUCUUCUAGUUUUCAAAAAUCUAACAGGCCAGAGUGAUCUGAAUCUAGUCCGUAUUGUGCGUCUUUUUUCGAAGUCGUUGAAAUGGGUAAUUCUAAAUUCUAGUUUUCAAAAAUUUCCAUUAUCACCAUCAUCAUCAUCAUCCCACCUCGAAAAUCUAGAAAAUUCCUUUGACUAGACAAACCAAAUGAAUUAUCAAACUAUCAAGCUUGUCAGGCUUCUUUCCACAUUUCCGACCUCUGUGCAAAAGAAAAAUGUUUUUUGUUUUUGCUCAAUACUUCACUUUCAAAGUGUGACUCCUGCUCAAAGUGAGUCAUGGCGUGACUCCAAAUUUUGAAGUCUAUGAUACAUUUCGAGAUAACGUGUAUUAUCUAGAGGACUGAGUUUUCAUGAAAGCAACAAAAACUACCAUAACCCACUGGGCUCCGCCUUUUUUUCUACACAUUUCUUCUAGAAAAAUAACGUCCUUAGGCAACCGGUUGUAAGAACUGAUAUUCUUGACUUAUAAAAUGGAAACUCCCAUUGAUUUUACAGUUUGUUUACUUUAUAAUUUUGACACGUACCGGAUUUAUCUUAUCAAUUUUAGAUGUAUCCGAGAUACGAGUACGCAAACUUGGAUAUCACAACCUUCGAACAGUCCCCGACUUUCGAACAACCUCCGAGUUAUGCUAACAUCGCAAACUUCGAUCAAAAUGCCCAGUUUUUACCGGAAAUUGUAAGUGAAGUUGUUUUUUCAGUACUCCACUUUUUUUGAGCCAUGCUCGACUUAUUUUCCUCUAGUAAUAGUCGAAAAGAGUUCAAAAUGAUCUCCUCAAUGAGUUAUACACUCUCAACACGUUCACCUCCUGUCAGCGAUUACUUUCAGGAACUAUCCGGCUCGAAGCAGAAGUGCCGUGUGUGUAACUUGGAUUCUCACGGAAUGCACUUUGGAGUCAUGACAUGCCGCCCAUGUGCAGCAUUUUUCCGGUAACAAUGCGCGUUACUAACCACUUUUUGAUUCACUUUCCAAUCUCAUUCUUCAUUCCUCUUUUGCUCUCUAAUCUCAUCAGCUAUUGUUUAUGUCUCUUACUAACGCAUUGUGAUACCGGCCACUGCUCAUACAUGAGAAUGUGUUUGUUUAUCAGGUUAAGUGAACUAAAACUGUCAACACUUGUCUAUUUUGCAUGAUACUUUGCUACAUAAUCCGUCCCAAUAGAGUUUCAGUUCUCAAUAAUUCCAGGCGGAUUGUUGUUCUCGAUCUGAAAUACACUUGUGUGUCGAACACGCGAAAGUGCAACGUGGACGGACGCGGCAGGUGGCUUUUUUGUAGACUUAAGUUUCUGAUGCAACUAUUCUUUCGAUUUCGGUUGCACAUAGAAAUUAUGAAUAGUUUGCAGAAUUGCAUGAGCUACAGUAAUUCUAGGAUGAGCUUUUAAAAAUUACCAAAGCUGAAAAGUACUAGUAAGCAUGAGUUUGCAAAAACCAUGAGAGCAAUGUGGAGUUCCAAAACUUGCCUCAAAAACCCUCAAAUUAGUCCCGCGUUUUUCUGUCAUCAAGUGACUCAUUCCUUCAGAAAUGUGUGCCGCGACUGCCGCUACAAAAAGUGUAUCUCUGUGGGCAUGACGACUGAAAGUAUGAUUACCGUAGUCCAAGUGCACAUGUCCAAUUGCAUUUUUCUAGAUGUACAAUACAAUCGCGACAGCCACAAUAACAAGAAUCCCGUGUCGGAAGGACGCCCUAAAAAUAACAAACGGCACGUGAUGACAUCGAUUGCGGCGACGGCUAAUGAGGAGGCUGUUGUGACAAGUAGUACUGUAAAACUGGAAGAAGCGGACUUCGAGCAAUCAUAUUUUGGUUGUAGUGAUGGCCGGGCGGGUAGAAACGCUCCUCAGAAGUUGAACAAAGACUUGAAGGAACGAGACGGCGAGGAAAUGGAUAGGAUUAUUAGUGAUUUGAAACAUUUAUUUGUGGAAGUGAGCACACUAACAAAGCUGAACUAACAAUAUAACAAAAAACAUUUCAGUACGGGUCUCCUAAAAUGAUAUCGCAAUGCUCAAUUAAUCAACUUCAGCGACUCACUCAUGAUUUUGUACCGUCAGAAUCAGCGAUCGGCGCAGCAAAUAAAGGUGAAAUUAGCAUUAGGGAAAAUCAACUUUAGAUUAUGUUGUGUACUCUCGAAUACACACUAAACUCUUGCUUUUCCUCUCUCUGCGCACACACUCUCUCGGUGCCAAAGUUUACGACGUUGAGCUUCUUGUAUGUGUAGCCCAGUGCCUGCCUUUCUCGGAUUAUUCUGUCUAGUAUUUCUUUUACCUAUUAUUCGAUCUGAAUAAACGUGUAUUUGAGAUACACUCGUCUUCCGACUUUUUCCACCUCCUCGGAUUCAAUAACCCUCAAACAUAUUAGAUUAAAGUUUGUUGAAGGACCUUUCUAAAUUUUAAUUACCCCAUGUUCUACCUCUCUAUUUCAGUUCUGCAAUAAUUUCAACUUGUUUGACGACGGUAAAAUAUAUUAUCAGAGACAUUCUGAAAAGCUUACAAAAUGGGCCAAGAACGUCAAUUUCUUUGAUAACCUUCCAGAAGAAGAAAAAGUAGGUCGGCUGCAAGUUUUCUCAAAAAAAAAACUCGCAGAUUAUUGUUGUAAAACUAUCCCUCACCACAUUUGACAUACUCGAAAGAUCGCAAAUGUCGUUUAAAUUAUUCGGUGAGAAGUGUUACACGGUGAAGGUUAGGUUGUUCAGAAAAAUUGAAAAGAAAAUUGAUGCACAGAAAGUGGCUCUUUCUUCCUAUUGUGCCGUUCAUUUUUGAACUGCUGCAGAUAACCCACAUACUCACGCGAAUACCGAACAAGCGGACGUUUUUGUCAAAAUGUGAGUGCUAAAACCAAUUCUAUACUGGAAAUAUCGAAUGAAUUCAGUGGAUUCUAG